AUGACGGUGCAAAGCGAAACAGAUGGAUUAGCAGACGUGAAAUUGACGUGCUAUCAACCAUGCUUCUUCAAUUCAAGCAAGACUCUUCCGUUACCCAUCAGUAGUCUUGUCUCAGGAUUCCUUAUUUCCUCCUCUAGAUCCUUCAUUGAGAUCUCUAACAACUGUCUCUCGCGGGAUCAGACCGAGCAGGUUAUCGAAUCCUUGUUCAAAGAAGCAGGAUUCCAAGACAAGGAGGAGCUCACCUGGGAGGAUUUUCACUACAUGUUGAGGGAUCAUGACAAUGCACUCCAGCGCACUCAACUUUGCGUCAAAGGAGUUCCAGAGAACCUCAAACAAAAUGUAAUCAACCGCGUGUCCUUCAUUAACAAGGAUCGAGAUAACAAUACCCAUCAGUCUAGUUCCACACUGGGAAUCGAGGACUUCAUGGUGACCGGAUUAGUGGUUGUUGAUCCCUCAAUGGAACAGAGGUUCCCUUGUCCUCCAGAUGCCCAACAGCUGAGUUCUAAUGAUCGGUUGAUCUCUUUCCAGUACAUCUGUGAACGUCACUUCCAGAAGGUCCUCAACAAAAGCUUGUUCACAGGCCUGCGUUCCAUCACCCACUUUGGACGACCACCUUUUGUGCCCUUUUUCUGCUCCUUGCAAGAGGUCCAUCCUGAGAUCAUUGUAGAGAGCAUUGUUGACUUGACCCUUCGUAGCAAAUACACAGGAAGCCUUUUUUUUCUUGAUUCAGGGGUCACCAACCUGCAGUUCCAGAGACCCCAGGACUUUGACUACAGGUCUGGACAAUGGGUACGGAUUGCGUGUUUGUCCCUGGGGACCAACGAGUACCAUCCUUUCACUCUGACAUCCGCUCCCCACGAAGACCUGCUAACUCUGCACAUCCGAGCAGCUGGACCUUGGACAACUCGCCUGCGGGAACUCUACUCGCAAGAAAGCAUCGCGGAAAUUGGCAAAUAUCCCAAGGUGAUCAUCCAUGGCAGCUACGCUGUGGUACAACAGCCACGCUUUCAUAUUUACUUCAUUGUCCCAGCGCUCAUCUAUGUCGCCGAUAAACUCCUCAGCCUUAGCAGGAAGAAGGUGGAGAUCAGCGUCAUUAAGGCUGAACUGCUCCCUUCAGGAAGUGUGCUCUAUCUGGAUGGGCCAUUUGGAGAAGGACACCAGGAAUGGAACAAAUUUGAGGUGUCAGUCCUGGUGGGCGGUGGCAUUGGAGUGACCCCCUUUGCCUCCAUCCUUAAAGACCUUGUCUUCAAGUCUUCCGUUGGCUCCAGAAUCCUGUGCAAGAAGGUGAGACUGGACCAACAGAGAUUGACCUUCCCAGAAGCUCACCUCUACACGGAGGCGCGGAGGGAGCGGUACCAGAGGAACAUAAUCCACCAGAAGAUCCAACAGUUCAAGAGGUUCAUUGAGAACUUCCGGCGCCACAUUAUCUGCGUGGUGAUAUUCUCGGCCAUCACCGCCGGCGUCUUUGUAGAAAGGGCAUACUAUUAUGGAUUUGCCUCCCCACCCACCGGAAUUGCGGACACCACCUUCGUGGGCAUCCUGAUCUCUCGUGGGGCUGGUGCCAGCAUCUCCUUCAUGUACUCCUUCAUCUUACUCACCAUGUGCCGGAACCUCAUCACAUUCCUGCGAGAGACGUUCUUCAAUCGCUACAUCCCUUUUGAUUCCGCUGUCGAUUUCCACCGAUGGAUCGCGACGGGAGCUUUGAUCUUCUCAGUUUUGCACACUCUGGGCCAUGUUGUGAAUGUCUACAUCUUUUCCAUAACCCCUCUCAGCAUUUUGUCGUGCCUUUUCUCACACGUAUUUAUGAAUGACGGGUGAGUAGAAAGUAAGAAUUAGUGGUGGGAUUCACUUACCUACCAUACCGGUUCGCGAAUGUGAGAGAACCAGCCAAAUAUCACCUCUGGUAAGAAUGCAAAGACAAGUGGUCAGUGUUCCAAGUAUCAU